AUGUUCAAGAAGGACAUCACCAUCACCCAGGAGCACAAGAUUUCUGGAGCCGACAGGAAGAAACUGAAGCGAAACCUAGCCAAGAGCCUCAACGUCGAAGACGAGGUCAUCGAGCAGCUCCUCCCGGGCAAGCAGGGCGACCUCUCCCUCGCGAAGCUCGCCGCGCCGUCGCGAUGCCACGUAUACCGCCUCGACGGGGAGCCCAUCCUCAUUGACACGUCAGGGAAAGGAGACUUCGCGCCGGCCCUGUUCGGUCUGUGGAAGGCGCCCGCGCUGCUCCCCGCCGUGUGCCUCAAGCACCCCGCGGUGUCGCAGUACCUCCUCGGCGGCGCGGACCCGAUGCUCCCGGGCGUGCACGUCCCGCCGGCAGCGCAGGGCGACGCGCACGGCCUGCCUGCGUUCCGCAAAGGACAGCUCAUCGCCAUCUGCGUGCGCGGCAACCCGAUGCCCUUCGCCGUGGGCACCGCCAACAUGUCGAGCGAGGAGGCCGCGGCGGCGGCGGGCGGCAAGGGCCGGCUGGCGACUGUGCUGCACUGCGCGUGGGACAAGCUGCACUGCCUCCCGCACGGCCUCCCGCGCGUGCCCAACGACGGGUUCCGGACCGAGAUCAUCCUGCCCGAGGGCUGGCAGGACGAGGAGCACGCGGACGACAGCGGCGGCGAGGACGCAGCGCCCGGCGAGGCCGCGGCGCCCGGCGAGGCCGCGGCCGCCGUCGCGCGGGAGUUGUCGCAGGUGCACGUUGAGGAGGAGGGCGGGGGCGACGCGGGCGAGGAGGGCGGCGGCGAGGCGGGCGGGGAGGCCGCGGGGGGCGCGGGCGAGGGCGCGGGCGAGGCCGGGGCGGGGUCUGCGUCGGGCGCGCGCGGGGCGCCGGCGAUGACGGAGGGCGAGAUGGACGAGCUGCUGCAGUGGGCGGCGCUGCAGGCGCUGCACGUGUCGGUGACGGACAAGCAGCUGCCGAUGGCGGCGUCGGUGUUCUGGAAGGAGAUGACCGCGCACCGGCCGCCGGGGACGUCGCUGGACAUGCGGCGGUCGUCGUUCAAGAAGCUGACGGCCUUCGUGGCGCACCUCGCGCGGCAGCAGAUCGUGUCGGCGCGGGAGGAUAAGCGCACGGGCGAGUCCGUCAUCGUGCAGGUGAACCGCAAGCGCGGGCCGUACGCGGCGUUCCGAGCGGUGCGUGCCGCGCCGACGCACGUGGAGGCCGAGCAGCUGCACGCGGCCGCGGACGACGGCGGGGGGGACGCGGGCGGCGCGGCGGCGUGGAUGACCGCGCCGCUGGAGCUCACGUACAGCUACCGCGUGCGCAAGGAGGCGAGCGGGGUCUUCCAGGCGGUCGGCGCGGACCCCGCGGUGGCGUACGCGGAGGUCGACCUGCUGGCGGUGCUCGAGGAGUACGCGGCGAAGCACUGCGAGCUGCACGAGGGGGCGCGGGAGCUGCUGCUGGACGACGCGCUGCGGGACGCGCUGUUCCGGGGCGCGGCGCGGCAGGGCGCGGCCGUGGGGCGCUGCAUGGCGGUGGCGGACGCGCGGCGGGCGUUCGUGGAGCGGAUGCUCCCGCAGUUUGCUGCGCGGCGCGGCGGGAUGGUGACGACGCGGAAGGGCGCGCCGGAGCCGGUGCGGCUGUCGGUGGAGCGGCGCGGCGGCAACAAGCACGUGACGAUGGUCGGGAGCCUGGACGACGUGCUCCUGGACGCGGCGACGCUCGCGCACGGCCUGGCGAAGGCGCUCGCGGCGGCGGCGACGGUCGAGGAGAGCGCGGGGAAGCAGGGCAAGGUCAAGCGCGCGGUGAUGAUCCAGGGGGACCACGUGCGGAGGGUUGUGGAGCACCUGACGCAGGUGUACGGGGUGCCGCGGGAGCUCGUGCACGCGCCGGACGCCGGGAAGAAAAAGGGCCGGCGGUGA